ACUCUCUUUCUAAUUUAUUUCACAAAAAUAAUAAAAAAAAAAAUUAAAGUGUCACUUUGAUGGAAACCCUACAUCUCAAUCGAUCACAGUCUACGCUGAAGUCUACUGAAGAAAGACCCAGUCUGAGCCGCAUGGAGUCCCUUCGAAGAGCUUUGACCACAAGCCGCAGAAAAGAAAAGCAGAAUACGAUAUUGCAAAUAUCAUUACCUCUUGUCGAAUCAUUACACACAACACCUCCUCUCUCUCCCCCUACAGUAGGAGUGCUACCUCGUUUUAUACCAGAUAUACCACAGCAACAAGACGCUAUUGUUCGCCACAUGGCUGUCCUUUAUAUAGAAUCCUAUCUAGACGAUUUGGAUGAUGUGUUGACUUGGGUGGACAUGAAAAAGUCUUCUUCUCUAUGGGGAAAAUUAAAGACCCAUAUCUUGACACCUACUUCAGACCCACCCUUUUCUUUUCCUUCUUCGCCUACAGGUGAAAAGAAGAUGGGCGUCUCCUUAGGUGACUUGAGCAAUCCUUCCUUGUGUCAACCGAGUAUGGAGGACAUCAAACCAUGGAAGACUGUCUGUCCAUCCAUUGUGUCUUGUUUCUCUAUCCAUGCACGGGUGCCUGGCUUUAUUAAGGAUUGUGUGUUGACCAUGAUCCAUCAAGAUAUUCAUACGGAAGGCAUCUUUCGAAAGAACGGCAAUAUUCGUGCACUGAAAGAGAUGUGCGAUACUCUGGAUGCUCAGCCUCAUCGUGAAGAUUGGAAAUAUUUUUUUAAAGAUCAAUCGAUUGUACAACUCGCAGCAUUUAUCAAACGAUUUCUAAGAGAAUUACCAGAACCCUUGUUGACAUACAAGCUUCAUAAAUUGUUUAUGUUGUCUAUAAAAGCGCCCACACAAACAGAGAUGCUGAUCAUCCUUCGCUACACUAUCUGUAUAUUACCCAAAGCCAACCGAGAUACCCUUUUGAUCAUAUUAGCCUUGUUGAACUGGGUAGCAAGACAUGCUUCUCAUAACAAGAUGGACUAUGAGAACCUUGCGACUGUCAUGGCACCGAAUAUUCUGUAUGAAACAAGAAAGCAAACAUCACAUGUCACUGCAGAUUCACCUGUCUGUCAGGGGGAAAUUUAUGUGAUUGCAACCAUGAUUGAGCACUUUGAGACACUAAUGGAGGUAAAUUGGCAACAAUCCAUCUACGGUUUACUGAUUUCUGUUAGGUGCCUAUUGAAUAUUCAGGCUUAUUGGAACAUCCUAAAAUGCUGGACUAUCUUUGUACGCAUGCCAUCGACCUAAAUUCAUCUAAACAGUUUGUGAAAAUGUUCCACCAGUUACUCAAGAUCAAAAAAGACAUUUUAAUCACCCAUUCUGCUGUAUUGCCUCCUUCACCUUCCAUCUCUU